AUGCCUUCUAAAUACACAACAAUGACGACGAAAGUCAAAGGAUGUCUUUUCAGCAGCACUUUUGUGGCGGAAGGCUUUCGCGGAACAUUGUUAGGUAUUAUUAUAACUGUGACGCUGGGUGAAGUAGUCGCCUACAGAUUACUCAAACAGAAUGUAAAAGCUGGAGACCUGCCUCAUUAUCUACCAGAUUUAUUGAUACUUCUGUUGGCGUUACUGGAGGCGCUAGUGUCGCCGGUUAUAGGCUGGUUGGGCAGCAAUCGGCGACACGAAAUGCUCUCAGUGGCUUGUCUCUUCUCCGGCGCCAGCGGUCUGCUGUGGUUUGCUGUUCCCACGGUAGCUGUACCUGAAGGAAUUGGGUACUGUAACGGCAAUAACACGACUCCAGAAUUAAAACCAACUUCCAGCACUGCGUUUAGAUUGUCCAUCAUUCACUUUUCUUUCAUAGUCUUCGGAAUAACAAGGGUUAUUGCUUUUUGCCACGGUAUUAUUUACAUGGAUAACCGUGCACCUGCGAGAUUGAGCAUGCAUUAUGGUGUACUUUCAACGUACCGUUUGAUGAGUCUCGUGGUUGGUUACAAUGUUAUGACGACGAUAGUGGAAACCAAAUUCACUGUUCAGAUUUUACUGAUCUCAAUUGGCAUGAUACUGAGCGGUGUACAAGUCUAUUUGAGCACUUCAAAACUCACUGACGAGGAAGAACCUAAAAUCAUCGUGAAUGAUACAAGUUUUGGUUCGAGCGUGUAUCGUGUGUUCUCCAACACGUUGGUAACAACGCAGAUGGUCUCCAUGGGGCUGAUAGCUGCUGCUAUUUGGGGCUUCGCUUACUAUCAGACAGACUAUCUUAGGGCUAAAUACUAUUUACAUAUCGAGAGAAAUGGUUUAUUUAAUAAUGCUGAAAUGUUACGCUACCACGCUGUGGUCCUGGCUGUUGCGUACAAGGGAUUAAGGUUCACGCCGCCUUUAAUGCCAAGCGUGGUCAGACUCGAAGUGCUGAAACACACAGCUACGAUGUGUUUGUUCUCCAUCAUUGCGUACGUCAUGUUAAUGAUAGCGACCAGCUGUAAGACGGGCAGCAUAGCCGGCUUGGAGGGGAGUCAUUACAUACAACCACAGUGCAGUCAGACUUGCGGAUGCGCCCCUCAAUGGCAGGAGUUUGCACCUGUGUGUGUGACGGAUCAAAUGACGACCUAUGUCUCACCUUGUCACGCCGGCUGCUCUGGUAUAGAAGAGGUAGACGGUCUGCAGUGA